AUGUCAUACAAGGAAGGAAUCAUUCUCGCCAUCACCGAGCUCAAGGACCGCAACGGUUCAUCCAUGAUUGCCAUCAAGAAGCAUUUGCAAGGCAACUUGCCCAAGGACAAGAAGUGGAUCAACGGAACCUUCUUGAAGGUCCUCAAGACUGGCGUCGCCAAUGGAGAGUUUGUCCAAAUCAAGAACUCCUACAAGCUUUCUCCUGAAUUCAAGAAGAAGGUUACCAAGAAGCCAGCUGCUGUCGCCAAGAAGACCACCACCAAGAAGGCUCCUGCCAAGAAGGCCGCUCCCAAGAAGAAGGCUACUGCCAAGGCCACCACCAAGAAGGCCAAGUCUGCUCCCAAGAAGAAGGCCACUGCCACUAAGAAGGCUCCUGCCAAGAAGGCCGCUCCAAAGAAGAAGACUGCCGCCAAGAAGACUGCUACUAAGAAGAAGUCUGCUACCAAGAAAUCUGCCAAGAAGGAGUAA